GUCUCUGCUGACUCAGUGCCUUACCAGCAGUCCCUUCACCCCGAGAUACAGCAUCCUGCAACCGACGCACACUCCUCCAGUCAACCCGCCCCGGCAUCACCGUACAGAAAUGGCUAAGACCGCAAUCGCUUACAAAGAGAAGAUGAAGGAGAUGUCAGUUCUCUCGCUCAUCUGCUCUUGUCUCUACCCCGAGACCCGCAAAAACAUCAUGGGUGACUUUGAAGACAUGGACAUCAAGCCCAUUAACAAGCGAGCCUCAGGCCAGGCCUUUGAGGUCAUCCUGAAGCCGUCCUCCCCUGUGUCUGACGUUGCCCACUGCGUCACCAGCCCCCCAAAGAGGGAACUUUCCCUGGAGGACAUCCAGAAGAAACUGGAGGCAGCUGAGGACCGAAGGAGAUCCCAGGAGGCGCAGGUGCUGCGGGCCCUGGCUGAAAAGCGGGAGCACGAGCGUGACGUGCUGCUGAAGGCCAUGGAGGAGAACAGCAGUUUCAGCCGCAUGGCCGAGGAGAAACUCCAGUUGAAGAUGGAGCAAAAUGAGGAGAACCGGCAGGCUUACCUGGCCGCCAUUAUGGAGCGCCUGCAGGAGAGGGAGAGGCAUGCUCAGGAGGUGCGCAGGAACAAGGAGUUGAGAGAAGAAGUGACAGCGUGAGAAGCCCCAACAGGUUCUACAUCCCACCCCAAACCCCCCCACUUCCCGACCCUGAGGAACACCCUUUUCCCCACCUUAUCCCACAUGUCCCCACCUCUCCACGCCCCCUGCCAUACUCCCCCAUCCUACUAUGAAACUACCACAGCCUGAUACGCCACCCCGAGACAGUGGGAGGUUCAAAUGGGGUUGGGGGUGGACAAAAAAAAAAGCAAAAAUAAUUAAAAAAACAGAUGAAUUAAUGUCUCCCACCCACUCUUCCCAAAAAAGAAUGUUGUUGCUCCGUUUCAAAUGAGAAGAAAAGAAAAAAAUUGACAAACGACAGUGGGUAUUGGUUUUUGUAAAUACUUCUUUUUUUGUUAUAUACAGUACGAUACAAGCAGCAAAAGUAUUGAUUGCAGUGUGCCAUUUUUCUAUAUAAGUUUCCUCUCCUUGCAUAUAUAUGGAUGUAAUAAUUUGUUCAUUUUCAUGUUUGUUCAUUUCUGCCUGAGAAUCAUUUCAGGCGUAGGUGUUUGUUGUGAGUUUGCCAGCUAGCUGAUGUUUGCUGUGACUGGCUGCGUCCUCACUAGGCCCGCAUCCUGGCUCCGUUCCCACGUCCCUUCAAGUGGGCACUUACUCAUUUGACACUGCCGAUCUGGACACAAAAUUGGAUCUGUGUUUGGUCAGAGUGAUUUUCCAUCCAGUUUAUGCCAAUGUUCCAAUUAGUGAGGGACAUGUGCAGGAAAGUUGGCAGAAGGAAAGGGGACAGUUUGCUUUCUGUGGGGACUGCAAGCCAUCGCUGCACAGCCACUCCUGUGAGGUAGAUGGUGACUGUACCACAGGAGAACACUAUAGCAUUUAAAGAGCCCUUCCUCCUCCUCCUUCCCUCCAUCUGCAACCUCUUCAUCUCUCCACAUACAUACAUACUGUAGAAGCACUCACUCACACACUCUCCACAUGGGCAGGCAUUUAGCCAAUCAUAGCACAGAGCUCAGUAGGAGUUCGUUAAAUUCUGUCCAUCUGGCACCGGAAAGCUCACAUAACAUCCCUGACUAAUGGCGGACCUCUUAUAUUCCUCAGAAACAGGCUUCCAAUCACAUUUAAAUCACGUGUCACCGUAAUAUACAACACAACUAAGGUUAAAGUGUAUUUGAAGAAUGCUGGAGCGCAAAAACUUCACCUGAGAUAAGACUUGUUACUGUGAAUCUUAUAUCGGAGAAAACACAAAUAGAUUCCACCUUUCUCCAUUUCCAUAGAAGCUAGAGUGGUGCUCAGCAUCGUCAGCGCCUACUGGAAUCAUUGCACUUCACUCCAAGACACUGUAUGCCACUGAUAGGUCGGCACAAGAAAGAUAUUGAAGCCAUAACCGGUAUCGCUGCAACAAGUGUGAUCCAUGAACACAGUAUUGCCAUCUGUAAAGGUGUAUAUGAGUGUAUUAAAGUAUCCAAAUAGUUUGUAACCAGGGGUGCUGAAGCCUGAGGUUGAACCCUGUCGAAUCCACACACACAAGGUAGGCCCAUAGAUGUGUGUGAGUGUGCGUGUGUGUAUUUCAGAAAGGGCGGGUAGAAAAAAGAAUGUUUGUGCCAUGUGAUAUUGACCCGGUAAAGUUCAAACCAACACCAUUACAGUGUGUAACAGCUGCACAAGUACACCACAGAAUACAGUGACUAUCCUACCUGCCUCUCUCUUGCUCUCUCUUUCUCUCCUCUGUCCAUUUGUGUGUUUCCCCCUCUCCACAUAUAUCUUUGUGAGCAAGCAGUGGUUAAUAAAGAUUUGGGGUUCAGUGAAUGAAA